ACCCACCCCGCGCUGCCGUCCUCGCGAGCAUUCGCCCUUCUACGCCCUCACUGGCCCAGCUCGUACCUCUUCACUCGAGCUUCUCGUCUGCACGGCGUCUCGCCCCGUUCCUCCCGACGCCAUGGCGUCGCUCCCGUCCUCGACGGCCAAGGGCGCGGCCAGCGGCCUCGAGAUUCAGGUCACGCAUGCCGAGGGCCUGGCACGCAUCCGGCAUGCGCCGUCGGGCAGCGUCAACCCCUGGAUGUUCACGGGCGGCUCUGAGGGCGUCGUGCGCUUCCUGCCGGCCGCGGCGCAGUCGGCGACGCAGCCGCUGCAGGCCGACGAGGCGACCAAGCCCAUCACCUGGAUCGACGUCUCGCGGCGGCUGCUCGUCACGGCGUCGCAGGACGGCGCCGUGCGCAUCUACGAGCACGCGCCCGCGCCGCACGAGCGGCAGGAGCCGACGGACCUCGUCAACGUGCUCCUUCGCACGGCGCUCCCGACGCGCUGCGUGGCGCUUGAGCGCUACCUGCAGCCCGGCCGGGAGCCGCGCGUAGCCGUGUGCUCGGACGAGCUCAUCGUCAAGCUCGUCGAUGCCGGAGCACCGGCCCGCAUCCAGCUGCUCACGAAGCACACGCGGCCCGUGCGCGCGGCAGCCUGGUCGCCCCGUGAGUCUCUGCUCGUCACCACCGACUGCGACGGCACCGCGCGCGUCUGGGACUGCUCGCCGCAGGACCCCGUGGAGGUGUCGUGCCUCGAGGGCAUCGUGUCGCGCGAGAGCGUCAACUCCGAGAUGAGCUCCGAGCCCGUGUGGCACCCCGACGGGAGCCACUUUGUGCUGCCGAGCAAGACGCACGACAUUGCGGUCAUCUCGAGCGCCGGCUCCAGCUGGUCACGCUCUGCGGUCUACUCGCCUCAGCACGCCAGCAUCGCCGCCGAGGACCGGCCAGCGGGCCAGAUCACUGCGCUUGCCUUCUCUCCCAACGGGCGCUACCUGGCCAGCGCGACGACUCAGGCGCACGUCACAGUGUGGGACACGAGCAGCCGGCGCCCGGUGCGCAGUCGGCGGGCAGAGGCGCUCGUCUCGGGCAUCUCGUGGUGUGCCGACGCCGAUGCGCUCGCCUGGGUCGACACGCUGGGGCAGCUGACGCGCUGGUCUGAUGUCGUGGGCGCCACGAUGGCAAGCCCGUGCGAGCCUGUCGACUUUUCGGCGCAAGCUGGCCUGCGCCAGGCGGCGCGCAACGACAUCGAUGAGCUAUUCGAUGGCGCAGGGCUUGACGACUCUGACGAAGAGGACCGGGAGCAGACGGUGAGCGAGCGCCGCUCAAAGCACGCGCGUGCCGGCGACGAUGACCUCGAGGGCUUCCUCGUCGACGAUGAGGGCGCCUAUGGGCGCAACGGACGCUCGGCAAGACACUCCAGUCGUCGGGCCACUGCUAAGGAGGGCUCGUCGCUAGCAUCGACGGCCACGCAAGCUCCCUUCCAGCCCACAAGCACGCCGAUGAAGGCGCAGCGCCGCUUCUUGGCGUUCAGCACACUCGGCUCGCUGGUAGCGACGGACCAAGAAGGACACCAGACUGUAGCGUUCGAGUCGUUCGACGCAGCUGCCCGCCGAAAUUGGCGCUUUGCCGACCACGCCGGCUACCAUCUUGCCUCGCUUGGCAGCACGGGAGCGCUCUUCGCCAGCGCCGAGAAGGUUGGCGGUGACGGAGAGACGUCGCCCAGCAUGGUGUACUAUAAGCCCUUCGAGGCCGCCGGCGCCGGCAACGUGCCCGGUGCGGAGUGGAGCGCGAGCCUGCAGAGCGAGGAGAGCGCCGUAGCCGUGGCCAUGGCUGGACGUGCGGCUGCCGGCAGUGCUGCGGCCGCCUCCGGUGCGCUCAACCUUGCCACCGCCGUCGUGGCCACGUCACGCGGCUACUUGCGCUUCUUCAGUGCAUCGGGCCUGCAGCGCUAUGUCUGGGCGCUGGGCUCGACCGUCGUCUGCUUGGCGGCAGGCGACCGCAGACUGCUCGUGGUCCACCGCGCUGGCACGCCGGUCGCGCUAAACGGCUUCCAGAGCCUGAGCUACACGCUCAUUGACCUGCUCACGUUCGGCAUCGUGCAGGAAGGCACGCUGCCCCUCGGUCGCGACGUGCAGCUCCAGUGGGCUGGCUUCGACUUGCUCGACGCACCCGCCAUCUUCGACUCGCAGGGCGUGCUGUACGUGCUGGACCGCGCCCACUCUCCGCGCCAAGGGCGCUGGACUCCGGUCCUCGAGACGCGGUCUGCCAGCAUGCAGAGCACCGCCGCCGAGGGCGGAGCAAGCUCGCGUCUCACAUACUGGCCGGUCGGCCUCGGCUCCACAAAGCUCUACUCGCUCAUUCUCAAGGGCCAUGCGUCGCCCGACCCUGCCGCCCAGGCCCGCCCCCUCAUCCAGGAGACGGAGUUCCGUCUUCCGCUCCUCAACCAAGACACACCGUCCGGCGCGCUCGAGCAGCAGCACCUGCUGGCCGUGCGUGCUGCCGAUGCCAUGCGAGCUGGCGCGCGGCUGCGCAGGAGCGACGCAUCGAGGGGCGGCGCCGAGGACGACGAGGACAUCGACGAGAGCGACGCUGCCGCGCUUGACCACAGCGCCGACAAGGCACUGCUGCAGCUCAUUCAGCUGGCGUGCAAGUCUGACCGGCACGGCCGUGCGCUCGAUGCCGCCCGAGAGCUGCACACUGCCAAGACACUCGAUGCUGCCCUCCAGAUCGCGUCGUUCUUCCACCAGACCAGCCUGGCCGAGAGGAUGGCGUCGCUGAAGGAGUGGGUCGACACGCGCGCCGAACGCGAUGCGCAGAACGACGCUCUGCUGCACAGCAGUGCCUACGCGGGCGUCGUGGCACAGCAGCGAGAGCCUUCGCCCGAUGCGUCGGUGGAGCGGAUCCGCGCCGCUCGUCGAGCACUGGGUCAAGAACGGACGCAGGCGCCGAGGAAGUCGUACGGGGCCGCGAAGCUCACUUCGUCUGCUGCGCCGACCUACGAGACUGCUGCUCCCCGCCCACGCGAGGUCGACGCAUCGCCCGCAGAGUCCGUGCCGUCAACGUCGAACGUCUCGGCACGCAGCCAGAGCCCGGAGUGGACGAACGCGCAGGCUGGCCUGAAGCGCAAGACGUCCGACCUCGAGGUCGACGAGCAAGGCGCGCGCGCUGCAGCGAAGGCCGCCGCCGGCGGAGCGCGCAACCCCUUCGCACGCAAGCAGGGCAUGGUGCGCGACCGCUCCAUGCACAAGUCGACGUCCUUCUUCGAGCGCGUGGACGCAGCAGAGGCUGCCGAGACGCCCGCUGCGCCUCCGAAGGCCAAGAAGCAGACGACUCUCUUCGGCAUGGCCCCGCCGGCGCCGCAGGAGAAGGCCAAGCGCGCACCCAAGGCCCGCGCACCUGAGCCCGCCUCGUCCGGCGUGUAUGCGGACACUGAGGAGACGCAGGAGGGCGUCCGUGCAGCCCUGACACAGGCGCAGGGGCAGGAGGACUCCAGCCUGCGCCUGGACGACGCCUCGCUUCCUCCGGUUGACGACGACACGCAGAUGAGCCUGGAGAUGUAAUGCUAUGCCCUCACCGUG